UUGGUUUGUCUGUUGCAACCCACACAAAUAUCCUCGGCAAUAUGUAAACUUUAAUGACAAACGCGGAUCUAUAGAGUAAACUCAGGUAUAAUGGCCAUAGUUUAUAAUCUGGAUUUUUAAAAAAUAUUACAAAAAUUUUAAUGACAUAAGCAUAAGGAUAAGAUAAACUUUCUAGACUGUUAUGUCUGCUGCAAUACCUCUCUUGAGAAGUCCUCGGUUCAAUCUACAUCGAAAAAGUACAGAAUACAAAAUAUACGUCAGCAUAUAUUAAAUAAAAUAUCCAUAAUAUAUAAAAAUAAAUAAUUCUGAAGCUAUUAGUUAAUUAAAACACAUUAAGAAACAGAAAAGAAAUUCAUUAUACUCAAGUAGAACAACAAGUCAUAAUAAUAUUAGAAUGACAUAAAAAUAAAUUAAUCAAAAAAUGUUUUUUAAUAAUUAUUUUUACUAAUCUUCUUGAUGUCAUUUGCGACUUUUAUGCUCUCUAUGCUCUGACUAUUUUGCUCUCUAAAUAAUAAUUAUAUGAUAUAAAUUAAAUAUAAAUUGCACAAUUAAUUAAAUACACGUUUAAGCUCUUGUCCUUCAAUUUUGAAAGAGACAUUUUUAAACUAAUACGUGACGGUUCGGUAAAACAAACAAGUCGAAGCAUACCAGUAAUUUCAGUUAAUAUUCAUAAUACUUUUACACUAAUUUAUGUUCUAGGUUAAAAUUUUAGUCAAGAUAUAACUUGAUUUUAUUAGAACUAUAUUUUCUAUCUUUGUUUUAGUGUAGCAAUAAUUAGAUAAAAUAAACAGUAAAAUAAGAAAGAUAAAAUAAGAUUUUGGAUUUUGCAUGUCUGAAUUCACAACAGAUAUUUACAGCGUUGUCACAGAAGUGUGAAACAGAUUUUGUUCAAACACUAUGCCAUUUGCACGCCAAGAUUACAUCGUCGAUGUCUCAUCGACAAACAAACCAGACAACGCAAAAUUUAUUACAGGUAUAAAAAAUCUUAACUGUAGCCUAAAAAUAUUCUCGUAGAAAUAACUCUAAAUCCCUGAAACUCAAAAUUAUACAGGUUCACACUCAAAUAAAUAUUAAAAAUUAAAUGAUUUUAAUAACCGUUUAAAAGCGUAUUCAAUUUCAGCUUCCAUCGGAAGUGCUUUCAGCAUUAUCAUAGCGAUGAUACUCUUUUCGAGACAAUAUAUUGACCGUGUGUUUCAAACAACAACAUGAAUCAAUAGUAUUCUAGUGUCAAAUAAGAAUAUAAGAAGCAUAUGAAUUUAACAUACAUUUGUCAGAUUUAAUUUUAUUGCAUCACUGGAAAUCAUGCGAUAUCAUGCGAUGAAAGUUCUUGUCGAAAGAUAUCUUGAUAGAAAUAUAUUACAUUAUGUAUACAUGCAACGUGAUCAGUUGAUAAAUUAGUAAACAUGAUGUUGGCACAUAUAUACGACCAGUAUAUAAAGACGAGCAGAUUGCCCUGAUACUCACUUAUCUAAAAGUAUCGUUUACGGAAAGAAUACGGUUGAUUGAUACAGUUAUAUGUAAAAGAAUAUCUUAAAAUGGAAACCACCGAUGGCACCAAAAAUAACAUCUAUAAUUUGCUUUCUUCCGAGGAAGUGAAAGAGGUAGUGAAACGCUCGUUAAGCAAUGACGCCGAUCUGAUAGAAUACGCUAUUCGGCCGUACUCCGACGACAAAGUCGGAUUUCUCGGCUCUCAUUAUCUACUCGAUAUAGUAGCCACGAGGGAAAAGGAAACUGUCACUCUCGCAUUUUUUCUGAAGACUGUGCCAUAUCAUGUGCCCGAUCAAGCCAACUAUGUGAUAGAAAAGGGUGUCUUCCAUAAAGAGACGAAAUUUUACAGCGUCAUAAUGCCGUUGCUCAACGAGGGAUACCGUGGGGAACCAUAUGUGCCUAUGUGCUACAAAGUGAAAAACGAUUCGAUAAUUUUCGAGGAAUUGAGUAGCAAAGGCUACUCAAUGCGGGAUAAGCUAUUUGACAAGACGCUCGUGCGUGCGGGCUUAAGCGCUCUCGCGCGACUGCACGCCGCCUCCCUGCUGGCGGAAACUCGCCUCGGCAAACCCUUAAACCAACUGUAUCCCGAUGUCUUCAUAGAAAUAGAGUUCAAUCGCGAGGGACUGACGCGGAAGUGGUUCGAAGCGGGUGUCGAUGUUGCCGCGGCCAUAGCUGAGCGGCUGGGACACGAUCCCGACCUGAUACGAUCGACCUGCGAGCAGGUGUAUUACGCCAUGAAGCCGUCAUGCACAAAGGCGAACGUGGUCAGUCAUGGAGAUCUCUGGGGCAACAAUCUUCUCUUCAAUAACGACGCGAUGCCUAAAUGCUUGCUGAUAGACUUUCAAUUGUUCAGGUAUUCUCCCUUGGCGCACGACGUAGCACAGUUUUUGUACCAGUGCGCGGACCGGGAUUUCCGAGAGACUUGGGAAAGCGCGAUGUUGCUUCAUUAUUACGAUACGCUGCGCGAGACUCUAAACAUUCACGAAAUUCAUACGCAAACACCCUCAUGGUCUGAACUGAUCAAAGGCAUGGAGGAACAACGAUUAGGCGCUCUUAUUACCGCGAUAAUCCGCUUUCCUAUGGUUCUAAUGGACGAGAAUGGCGCGCGGAUUCUGAACGACCCGGCAUCUUACGCCGAUUAUUGGUUUCGGAAUAGGAAAGAGAUUGUCCUCUCUACCAUGGAGAAAGAUCCGAUAUACGAAAGAAGGAUCAGCGAAGCUGUCGUCGAACUUGCCGAAGUCGCUUCACGACUGGAUCAACUACCAAAACCAUCUUAGAAAGUUAGAGAUGUAUUUUAUAUAGUUUUUUAAGACGUACCAAAUUUUUUAUUAACGUUACAUCAACGCACUUUGUACAUUUCUUAUAUAUUUUAAUUUAUAAGGAAUUUAUGCGUUUACUAAAUUAAUAAUUUUAUUAUCGUACUAUUGUAAUUUGUACAGCAAUUUUUACACGAAUCAAAGAAUAGUCUUGAUCAGAAAAUAUAGUGGAUAGAAAAAACCAAUCGUGGUUGAUAAAUUGUGCGUUUGUAUCGUUGUCUAUAUCAACUAAUAUUCGUCAAAUUUUCAUUCUUAAAAUAUAUUUUGCAUAAUUAAAUUCUUGAAGCAACAUAAAGAAAAUUCUAUAAUUUUACAUAA